AUGGCUUCGAUCAAGUCUGUUGCGUUCGUCGUGUCUCUGGCGAGCACGGUGCAAGCCUCUCUCUACGGUGAAAGCAAUCUGAACCACACUUGUAUCCUUGAGCCUGCUAUCCUCUCCUGUUCUCCAAAAGCCACUCUUGGUCAGGUCGACAGCUGUUGCACGGAGACCUUUGGCGGCCUCUUGCUUUCCACGCAGUUUUGGAACACCUACACAGGUCUCGAAGCUCAAGGCCAAAAGCUACCACCCAAUGCUUUCACACUUCAUGGACUUUGGCCAGACGAGUGCAAUUCCAGCUAUACGCAAUAUUGCGAUUUGACGCGGCAAUUUGAUCCUGCGCCUUCACCAAAUACCACGAAUGGUCUGCCUGACGGCACCGUAAUACCUGCUUACACUGGGCCCAACAUUGGCACGUUUCUCGAGCCCUUUGGACGAUACGACUUACUGGCUUGGAUGAACAAGUUUUGGAUCAAUCAAGGCGGCCCAAACUACGAUUUCUGGGGCCACGAAUUCUCCAAACACGCCACCUGCUACUCGACGUUUGACGUGCCUUGCUACGGCCCCGAGUAUGUCGAACAUGAAGAAGUGCUAGACUUCUUCCAGACGGCAAUUAAGUAUUAUAUGAGAUUGCCGACAUGGGAGUGGUUGAACGAGGCGAAGAUCCUUCCCAGUAAUAGCACGACCUAUUCGUUGAGUGACAUUCAGGGUCAGCUGGCGAAGAAGCAUGGUGCGAUCCCAUACGUCGGGUGUACAGGACCAAAGUACAAUACGACCGCAAAAGGAAUGGCAGCAAAUAGUACCGACAGCGGCGGCACCGUCCUUAGCGAAGUCUGGUAUUACAUGCAUGUCGUCGGACGCCCUCAGGAUGGCAAUUCCGUCCCGGUCAAUGCUUCGAGCCCCAAUACCAGCUGUGCGAAGGCCAAAGGCGCCAUACACUACUAUGAGCCGACGCCGGGCUCGGUGCAGGGAAGCUAG